AUGGAAGAUCUACUGCACGUUCCUCACACCAAGCUUGCAGAAAUUAAAGGGCAUCAGAAUUGGGUGAAGGUUUCCGGCGAGUUCCUUACUUUUCCUGGUGGUGGAACACAGUUUAAGAAUGGUGCUCUUCAUUACAUUGAAUUCAUAGAGGAGUCUAUGCCUGAUAUUGCAUGGGAAAAACGCAGUCGUGUGGUAUUGGAUGUUGGAUGUGGUGUUGCUAGCUUUGGAGGCUAUCUUUUUUUUUAUAAAGAUGUGCUCACUAUGUCAUUUGCCCCAAAAGACGAGCAUGAAGCCCAAGUACAAUUUGCAUUUGAAAGGGGAAUUUCGGGUAUAUCUGCUGUUAUGGGCACAAAGAGACUUCCCUUCCCAGCCAUGAUCUUUGAUGUUGUCCACUAUGCACGUUGUAGAGUUCCCUGGCAUAUAGAAGGUGGUAAGCUUCUCUUUGAGCUGAACCGUGUGUUGCGGCCUGGUGGUUUCUUUGUGUGGUCGGCAACUCCGGCUUACCAGAAGCUUGCUGAUGAUGUUGCGAUAUGGAAUGCCAUGACUGAACUGAUGAAGUCAAUGUGCUGGGAAGCUCAAUUUGCUCUUUGA